AUGAAGAUCCACCUGUCCUCCCCGUUGAUCCUUCUCCUCCUUCCCGCUCUUUCGGCAGCUGCCAGCAUCAAACCCAGCAGCACACCUUACCCUUCUGCUUCGCGAGGCUCUUAUGACCUUACCUCGCGGUAUGUGGACACCGAAUCGAUUUCUAACAAUGCCGCCAAAGGAACACAGGACGUCCCGGUAGACGGCAAAGACGGGCGACCGCACGCGGGCCCGUGGGUAGAGACUGGCGCGGAGCGAGACCGAAAGACCGCCAAGGCUAGUGAUGAUGUUAACCUGGUUUCGACAACAUAUGAUUCCAAGGUUCCCUCAUCGGAGCACCUCAGUACAGAAGAAGGCAAGACGAUCCCGCACUCCAAUGGCGGAGUCAUGGAUGAUCCCAACCGCACAGGCCCGAGAGAGGGAACCAGAGGUACUGAAGGCGGGGUGCCUGGUGGUCCCAAGGAAGCCCUUCCGCUGCCGCAUAGCGAGGAGCAGAAGCUGCCAUCGGACAGUGACACCGCCACCGGGACUGGCGGUCGCUCUGCAGAGGGAGCCGGGACCCUGGGCAUGUUAGAGAAACCCGCCGAUCUUCCCCAGAAGCCGCACGAUAUCCCCCACCCCAAGUCGCCUUCUCAGGCCAAAGAUGACCCUCUUGCCAUUGAACGUGGCUCCGCUGGCUCGGGCUCAAGCUCCUAUCCCGGCUCAUAUCCCAGCUCGUCGAGCACUCACGGACAAACCGCAACCACGAAGGAAGCCAGCGACGGACUGCAUUCUCUCCUCUUUUCGUUCACCAUGAUCAUUGUUUCCGAGAUUGGUGACAAAACCUUCCUUGUCGCAGCACUCAUGGCUAUGCGACACCCCCGCCUUGUUGUGUUCACCUCUGCCUUCUCGGCCUUGGCUGUCAUGACCGUUCUCUCUGCUAUUCUGGGUCAUGCUGUUCCGACGUUGAUCCCCAAGUCCGUCACCAAAUUUAUGGCCGCUAUUCUAUUCCUGAUCUUCGGUGCCAAGAUGUUCAAAGAAGGCCGUGAGAUGUCCCCUGACGAGGGCGUCGGCGAGGAGAUGCGCGAGGUCGAACAGGAGUUGGAAGAAAAAGAACAAGAGCAGAUGCGUUUGGGCCGUCGCCGCUCUUCUGUCACUCCCCACAAUCUGGAGGCUGGCCGUGUUGGUGGUCGACCCAAGUCGCGCGGCUCUGCCAACCGUCUGCCUUCUCCUCCGGAAAGCAUAUCUUCUUCUUCCUCGCGUGGCUCAUCGCCUCGUCCUCAGCAGCGCUGGAACGAUUUCUUAACUGGGGUCAGUAACCUCUUUUCUCUUCUUCUCAGCCCUGCCUGGGUGCAGACUUUUGCCAUGACCUUUCUCGGUGAAUGGGGCGAUCGCAGCCAAAUCGCCACCAUCGCCAUGGCUGCUGGUCAGGAUUACUGGUGGGUGACCAUCGGAGCGACCAUUGGCCACGGUAUCUGUACUGCUGCUGCCGUCAUCGGCGGAAGGGCCAUCGCUGGCCGCGUCAGCAUGCGUGUUGUUACUCUUGGCGGCGCAACUGCAUUUUUGUUGUUCGGCGUUAUCUAUCUAAUUGAGGGUCUUUUCUAG